UCCACAUCAUCUCCUCAAAUAGUCCAGCUGGAUCUCAACCCCACCACUCAAAAUCCCCAUAUAUCAUAAUGCCUAUAAUUUUCUACCCUUUCUGGCUUCCUUAGUCCUUCCUACAUACUUCAGCCACCCAGCCAGCAGCCAUUGCUGAUUUCAUCGCUUCCGCUAGCAAAAACAGCAAUGCAUCAUCGCCGCUCUUAGAAUUCUCCGUCCAAAAACUUUUACCAUUCUCCAUCUUUCCCGCUUUAAUACUUCUAGAACACAAGCGAAAACAACCUUCUUUUUUUUUUGGGUCAGAGUAGUCCUGCCCCUGCAAACCUGCUUCUUCUGCAGAAGAUUCAGAAUCUGUACAAUUGCUUCUUUUUAGGGUAAUAAAUCCUAGCAGCCAGAAACCAGUCAACAAUCAUCUUUUUCUCCAGAAGCCGCUUGCAUUGAAUUGACCACAUCCCCCAAUCUAUUCCCCAUUAGCCCUAUCCCUUUCCAAUUUCUUGACCAUUUUCUCAAUUCCUUCCCCACUGUUAUAUUACUCCUUUCAAAUCCCCCCUCCUUCAAAACUUCAAUCAAAGUCACCCAAAAAGAAGAGAGUAACAGAGAGAAAGGAAAUGGAAUCUCUAUGGGCUAAUUUUGUAUCAGAAUACACACCAUAUCUUAUUGCUCUUGUAGCUCUGCUUCUCCUUCUUGAGCAGAUCUCUUAUCUGAAAAGAAAACGCUUCCUUCCUGGCCCAACACUUGUUCUUCCAUUCAUAGGUAACGCAAUUUCCUUAGUUACAAAUCCGACCAGAUUCUGGGACGCUCAAUCCUCCUUGGCUAAAUCCACCCCUCUGGGAAUCUCCACAAACUACGUCAUCGGCAAAUUCAUUCUUUACAUCUACUCAACCGAGCUUUCUCACAAAGUCUUUGCCAAUGUCCGGCCGGAUGCCUUCCACCUUGUCGGCCACCCAUUUGGGAAAAAACUCUUCGGCGAGCAUAAUUUGAUCUACAUGUUCGGCCAAGAUCACAAAGACCUGAGGCGCCGCAUCGCCCCAAAUUUUACUCCCAAGGCUUUAGCCACCUACACUUCAAUCCAGCAACGCAUAAUUGUCAAGCACUUGAAAUCCUGGCUUCAGAAGGCAGAUGGAAAGUCAAUCCCACUUCGCAUUCUUUGCCGCGAUAUGAACUUGGAAACUUCCCAGACCGUCUUCGUCGGGCCUUACUUGGGAGGUGAGGCAAGGGACAGAUUCAACAUUGACUACAAUUUCUUCAAUGUCGGCUUGAUGAAGCUCCCCAUAGACUUGCCGGGAUUCGCCUUCAGAAACGCCAGAUUAGCUGUUGAAAGGCUGGUUGAAACGCUUAAGCUUUGCGCGGAAGAAAGCGAGACGAAAAUGCAGAAUGGGGAGGAGCCCACUUGCCUGAUUGACUUCUGGAUGCAGGAAAAUCUAAGGGAAAGGGCUGAAAUUGCUGAAAAGGAAGGCUGUGAUAGCGAAAAGGUGUCGAGUUACAGCCACAGAGAACUCGGAGGCCAUUUAUUCGACUUUUUAUUCGCAGCUCAAGAUGCUUCUACUUCCUCAUUGGUCUGGGCUAUAACGUUUCUGGAUUCCCAUCCUCAAGUUCUGGAAAGAGUUCGUGGAGAAGUGGAGAGAUACUGGAACCCGGAAUCUGACGAGCCCAUCGCGGCGGAGCAGCUGAGGGAAAUGAAGUUCACGGAGGCGGUGGCGAGGGAGGUGGUGAGAAUAAGAGCUCCGGCGACUAUGGUGCCGCACAUUGCCGGCGAGGAUUUUGCAUUGACGGAGAAUUAUGUUAUUCCAAAAGGGACCAUUGUUUUUCCUUCGGUUUUUGACUCUUCUUUCCAGGGUUUCAUCGAACCGGACCGGUUUGACCCGGACCGGUUCCUGGAAGAGAGGCAAGAGGCCCGGGUUUACAAGAAGAACUUUCUAGCCUUUGGAGCUGGGGCCCACCAAUGUGUGGGACAGAGGUACGCUAUUAACCAUCUGAUGCUCUUCAUUGCCAUGUUUUCCACUCUGAUCGACUUCAAGAGGGAGCGUGUGGAUGGCUGUGAUGAUAUUGCCUAUGUUCCUACGAUUGUUCCCAAGGAUGAUUGCAAAGCUUUUCUUUCCGAUAGGUGCAGGAGAUUUCCCUCUCUUUCAUGAGUCAAAAAGCGAAAUCUCAAGAAGGAUUGGUGGUGGUGUUCGUGUAAUUUCAUCUCAUUUGUGAAUGGUAGAAGUGUCAAUUGGAAAAUACGGGUAGACACAAAUUAAUUUGUUGAUUAACGUUUUUUAUACUGUUAAGUGUAAAAUGUUCAUUAUGCAAACGCUUCUGCAUUCAUCUGUACGAAGAAUCUAGACCCGUUUGUACGAAGAAUUAUUUACACUGUCAGUAUAAAAAAAAUUAAUCCUUAUUAGAUGAAUUAACUUGUUGGUUACA